AUUGUUCUGUGCUUGGUAUAAUCAGUAAUCACGGGAUGGGUUAUUUCAUGCUGUAAUCACUAAUCAUCAAGUAUCAUUACAAUUUCAUUUAUCAAUCGUUUGAGAAUUGAGAGUAGAACAAGAACUACAAAGUACAAGUUGUAGUAGUAUACAUUACACAAUUUACAAUACUACGUUACUAUAUUCAUUAGUACUUUACAGUAUUACAUAGUCAUACUGAUUACAGACCUGGUGAGAGUAAAUGUGUUACUUGUAUUAGUUGUCACUAUACGGGUUAUUGGUGUACUUAAGAUUUAAUAUUUUUAUUUUUUUUGUCUGAGAAAUUUUUAGUGCAUAACUAUACAUGGAAUUAUGGAAUGAAGUUUAUGCACUUCCUGUAUGUGACAUAGAUACACAUCUUUUUGGGUUAAGCUGUAACCUACAGUUUGGUAAUUUUAAAUAAAUUAAAGUAUUAUUGACUAUUUGAAUGUAAUGAGAUUAAAUCAUGGUGGAAAAUGCAGUAAAAGAAUGGUUAUCAGAGUUUGCCACAUUGGAAAAGGACGACUGGGCAACAUUUGCUAUAACAACAUCGCAGAAUAAGACACUUAUAGAAUCAAUAUAUGCUGUACUUGAUGAUAUUCAUAAAUAUUCUAAGUUAGUUGAUCGUAUUUGUGGUGCACUUUUUAAUUGUUAUCGAACUGAAGAAACCGAUUUACAUUUAUUUGUACUACUGUUUAUACCACACUUAACAUACAGUUACCUUAAUUCUAUUGCUCAUGUUGACAAGCAAAGCUGUCGUAGUAUUGAAGCAUUACUAAUUGGAAUUUACAAUCUUGAAGCUGUAGAUGAAAAUAAUACGCCUAGAUUUAUAUCAUUUCGUUUGCCGUCAUUAGCUCAGCCAUCUAUUUACCACGAACCUAGUAGUUUGGCUCCAACUUCAUUAACAGAGACUGCCAUUCGUCGUUUAGAACAAAGAGACACACACCCAGUCCGCCGAGGUCCUUUUAAUCAAAUUGAAAGACUAUCUGCGUCUAAUAGAAUGGAAGUUCUUAGUAACUUAUAUUUUAUUUACUACAAAAAUUUAAAUCUCCUGCCAGAAGUUUAUAAUCCAUUUGAUCGUUUUUAUAGAGUUACAUCUAAAAUGGUUACUCAGGGUUAUUUUCAUAAGCGUUCAACAUCAUUCACUAAUUCUGAUAUAUCAACAUCAACAACAUUACCACGUAUCCCACUUUCUCCAAAAUUCUUAAUUCAUCUACUCUACUGCUUAUAUAUAUCAAUAUUUAAUUGUGGAAAAGCGGAAGCGUUUCAAGCUUUAGAAGACAUUUAUUACCGUGCAUGUUACAGUUGUUAUUGUGAAGUGAUAUUAUUAGCAAAUGCAAUUAAAAAUUCUUGUCAGGGAUCUUUUGAAGGUGGACAAACACCUAAUGUUUCAUCAGUGGGAACACCUGUAAGUAGUAAUACUUGUAGCACACCAGUAUCUAAAUCAAUGAUAACAAAUGCAUCAUUUAGAACUAAAAAGUUACCAGAUGACAUUCCAAUUCAAAAUAUUCAAGGAACUUUUGACGAAAGUGCUGAUGUGGCAAAUUUAUCAUCAAUAACAGAAGAAACUAAUGAUUUAAAAGAUCUGAGUGCUGAAUCAGUACCGGUUAAAAGGAGUUUGCCAAAAAUUGCUGCUAAUUUUGGUAAAAAAACUGCUGAAAAAAUAGCUACUGCCGUUAAAAAUUCUGGAAAUAUAAAAACUUCAAAGUUGAACACGCAAAAUGGCUCUGACAUUUAUGAAACUGAUGAAAGUGGUAUUGAUCUAGCCGGGUCUGACAUAUCUGAUACUAAAACUGGUUUAGGACAUGAUGACAGAACUACUAUGACACCAUUAUUAAAUAGAAGAAAUCCCAGUAUGUCAGUUGAAUUAGAAUCUUCUAGAUCAAUCCAGAUGGGUGUAAACGUAAAGUCUUACAAAGAAAGAUUCCAUUAACUUAUAAGUUAUAACCCUCAUUCUUCACUAUUCAUAUUGAUUGAGAGUACAGCUUUAUGACUUGCAAUCAAAUAAUUUAUUAUAUUGGGCUUAUGGACAAGGAAGUUUGGUUUGGUGUGAUUUUCUUAUAAUGUAUCAAAAUUAUUUAAUAGACCUAGAAUUUUGUUGUGAUAA